GGUUAUAAGUUGACCUUCCUUGAACAGUCAGCGCCGAUAUAUUGUAAACGGAAGUUGUCUCUACUUCCACACAUCACGGUCACCUUCAUUUACCGUACACUAUAAACUUCCCCAUUUCGUAAGGGUUCAUCGAUUAUUUUCUAAUCCAGUCAGGUCUAGACCAUGUUCUUUGCCUAGAUCGACCUCAGUGGUGAGUUUUGGUUAAUGUGUCGUUUCGCGAUCUGGGGAGACGGACGGCGAUAUUCAAAUCUAAUUAUUAGGCCUAAACCGGUACGACGCAGCAGUGAGUCGUCGCCAUGUUCCUCCCGAGAUUAGGGAGUGCCAGCUACCGGUGGCUGCCGCUGGCAGCCGGUGGGUGUCUGUUGGUCGGCUUCGUGGUGCCGUACAUCAUUGCAGUGCGGUUGGGUCAUGUGUACCCUGUCUUGCCAUAUAUUAGCGAUACGGGCGCACUGCAUCCAGAAAACUGCGUGUUUGGCCAGAUGCUGAACAUGGCUGGCGUAUUACUUGGCGUCAUGAUCUACAUCCGCUACAAACAGGUAGCUGGGAACGGACCAACAGAACUGCUGGAGUUGAACAAAAUGUCGGCGUUUGUGGGCUACUUGUCUGCGUUCUUCCUGAGCCUUGUGGCCAACGUACAGAUCAACGAGGAGUCUAGACAAGCUGUCGAGACGGAGGUGCACUUAUGCAGCGCAUUUACCUGUUUCGGCAGCGGAUACCUGUACUGCUGGACGCAGACAUGGAUCACAUAUAAGCUGGCCAAUAAUUUCUGGUCCUGGGCUAUGACCCUGCUACGGCUCGCUCUGUCACUGGCGGGGGCAUUUUUUAUGGUCACUUUCCUUGAAUUUAGAGAACUGGCAAAUGCCGAAUUCAACGGAACAUACGCAGACACCAUGCACUGGAACCCGUACGAUGGGGGCUAUAUGUACCACGUCUACAGCGCAGCAUCCGAGUACUCGUUGGGAAUCGUACUCCUCAUAUUCACCCUAUCACUCUACAAAGAGUUCAGCUCGAUCCAGUCACCGGAUAGGAAAGUUGAUCUGACGGAAGAGCGCCCCCAUGUGGAAGGCCAUGUGGUCUCUGCUGGCGAUCCUCUUGUGUCCCUCAUCUGUUUCUCCCGCAUCAACAGUGUUGUUGAACGGUUCGUAGUGAAUACCCACACGAUUUCAUUCGCCGGCGCGGUCCGUCUGUUAGGCCAGGGGCUAGGGUCCUCUCAUCCCAUCAAAGGAUAUAGUUUUCUACAAAUGCUAACUUCCAGGAGUUUGACCGGGAGCAGAAGCAAUGCUGACAGAAUGUUGAGUGGUCAUGGCUUUGGGUGGGUGCCGCUGGGCGCUGGAGCUUUGUUGCUCGUGGGCAUCGUCGUGCCAUACAUCAUCGCAGUUCGACUGCAUCACGUUUACCCUUUUCUACCGUAUAUAAGUGACACUGGUGCCUUGCAACCGGAGAGCUGUGUAUUUGGCCAAAUGCUGAACGCUGCAAGUGUUUUAAUUGGAGCCUUGAUAUACCUGCGUUAUUGGCAGGUAGCGAACCGGCGCAAGGACGUUCCUGCCGACGUAUUGAGGUGGAACAGCGCCUCUCGUACUCCGGGCUACCUGGCUGUGUUCGGCCUGAGCGUGGUCGCAAAUUUCCAAGUAGGCUUGGAACCUAACCUUCAAGUUCAAACUUCCAUUCAUGUUGUGGGUUCUGUACUGUGCUUUGGCCUUGGCGUGAUUUACGGUUACCUCCAGAGCCGGAUCAGCUAUGCACUAUCCACCGACUUCUGGUCUUGGGCUAUGGCUGUCCUGCGCUUCUUUCUCACGGCUCUCUGUGCCAUCUUCUUCAUCACCUUUAGUGUUUACAUCACUUUAGCCUUCCAGCAAUUCAACGGAACGUUUGCUGACCACAUGCAUUGGGGACCAGACGAUGGGGGCUAUGUGGACCACAUCAUUAGUGCAGUCGCAGAGUACCUGAUGGCUUUGACGUUCACGCUAUUCCUCAUCACUUACUACGACGAGCUGAAGACCAUCAAGCGGGUACGAGAGCUGUGGUGCCCAAGAAGAUUGAUUCCUUCGGCAGCACCCACUAGCGUUUGAACCAUUGACACAGACUACCUACGGGCCGACCGGGACCGUAUAGCAACGACGUCAACUCUACCUGACACGUCCGGCAUUGGUCCACAUCAGAUGGACAUGUGCAUACUGGUUAACGACUUCCGCCAAAGAUUUCAUGUUCAGUCGGGUGCCGUCAUUUUGAGGGCACCCUGACGUUGAUGGUCAGUCGGGUGCCGUCAUUUCGAGGGCACCCUGACGUUGACUUCAAUAGGUACUUUUGGUCGGACUACAGAGCUAUCCACGGUGGUUGUGUUUGUAUUGCG